UCUAAGCUAAUCGACCUUAGUGUUCUCCUUUUUUAAAAAUAAGAAUCGAUAAAGAAUCGAGUCGUUAUACAGAAUCAAAAAUGGAAUCGGAAUCGUGAAAAUCUUAUCAAUACCCAUCCCUAGUAAUAGCCACAUGCAUGACUCCUGAGUGUAGAACAUUUGCAGAGCUGUGGUGUGACAUUUGUGAGAACUUGAAUGGUCCACGGAGCAGUAUGGAUCCCAUUGCCAUUUACCUCGUGUAGAGUUUAGGAUUGGCCAUGCUUUCAGUUGCACAUUCUAGCUUUUUACUAAAGUAAUGAAAUCUCUAAUAGCCAUGAUGUGAUGAUCUAUUUGUUAGUGAUCCACUGCUGAGCGUGGCCAUGAGUGGCUCUUAGUUAUGGAGUUACCAAAGUAUUGUCAUAUGCUGAAAUUAAAGGGUUAGAGGUCCUGGUGAUGCCAGAUAAUGUAGAAAUUUACUUAUAGGUCCAUUAUAAUAAAGUCAUUGCAUUUGGCUGGGUUUUUUUUUGUUUGUUUGUUUUGUUUUUAUAAGAAAUUUAACAACUGGAGUAUAUACAACCCCUGUUUCAAGUUACUUAAAAAUAAAUCCUCUAUGUCUAAACACUUAGUGAUUACACAUUCUUUUAACUGAAACCUUUAACUUUAAGGAGAUUUUUUUUUUUUUUUUUUUUAAAUUAAAGAUGAACUACUGAAAUCCAGCAAAAUCAUUUGGUUUGUGGCACAUGGAUUUUUAUACCUUGUGUGUGUGUCAUAUACCAGUUUAAGUGUUGUCCACCGAGUUUUUGGGGUCUAAAAGGCUGCACGUCUGUGUUAUCUUCACAUAAUCGUUAUAAUGAGACGGUGCAGUCUUCAAAAAACAAUUGUUCCUGUUUGCUUCUUGGGAAUACCUUUUUUCCCCUCAUUUCUUGAAGGCCACGUCAAGAUUUUUCAACAAGAACUCUUAUUUCGAGGCUGGAAAAGCUUGUUGUGGAUCAUGCAGAAAAUUGUCUGUUUAAUAUAAUGCUUGAAUUUUUAAGCAGCCAGUUGAUGGAGCAGCUGAACUCUCAAGAGGACGCCUCCUUACUUGUGUCCGGUCUGAAGUGCCUUUGGACACAAAAUGAACCUCCACUGCUUUUUGGGAACAGUCUCCGACGUGGCGCCUCUGCAGACUUUAAAAGGAGGGCUGAAACGUAUCACUGAAUAAACUUGAUGAAACGUGGCAUGCUGUGCACAUCAGAGAUGAAACUGGAGCUGCACAUAGUUGCAUCAGUGCUCUCUUUGUAACCAAACAUGUAGAGCUAUGAAGCUGUGCCAUAGAUGCAGACUGGUCCUUUUGAAAGGCAAAAAGUCAGUAUUUUUUUUCAUCCUGUGUAUUGUGUUCAGUCAUUGCACUGUUGUGACCGCCACUUUCCCCGAAAACUAAGAAAUCGGCUCACAUCAGCUUAUGUGGUUUAUGAGUGAUGAACCUUUUUAAAGAGGUGUAUGUUUUGCUUCUGUCUGUUCAGAAUAAAAUAGUUUUUGUAAGGUAGGGAAUGUUUUAAUUUCAUGUCUGUGUGUAGCUACAUGUUGCUUUGGUUUUUACUGAAUUAAUUUUUAAAAAGCAAUUGCAUUAUUUGAAACAGAAAGUCGAGACUUGAGCGCCAGUUGCUCCACCAGAGGCAGGACCUCAACUCUUGGGGUUAUAUUUGCCAGGCUGUAGUUUGUUACUGCCGCUGUCCAUACUGGUUUCUGGCACAAGUUUAGUCAUGUUAGAUUUUUGGGCUCUAGAGGAUGUUGUCUGGUGGAUUAUUGCUGCUAUUAUCAACAUGUCUGGGCCGUCUUCCCAGGUUGUGAAUAAAUAUUAGUUUACUAAAACUUCAGCUGAAACUUUGGUUGAUUAUUUAUUUUUAAAUGUUUUUUUGGCUCUGAUAGAAACACCCUUCAGUCUGCAGUUGCAUUGGCCCUUGGUGGUGUGGACUGUCUUAAGUAAUUACAUUGUUCUCUUUGUCGCCCCCCUCCCCCCCUCAUGUGAGGAGAUUAGCUCAGAGUAAUUUGUCAGAUGUGAUAAGGCAGUGCUUGGAGCAACUAAGAAAGGAUGGCAUAAGCUGGGAUUUCUGCAAAUAAAGUCAGUGGUGAGUGUGGAGCUGCCACUGCUUUGUCUUUACAGUAUGGGCCAAGCUGCUGUCCGGACUUGUGGAAGAAGUGAGUCUUAUAUUACAGAGCUGUAUGAAUGGUUCAGGUAAGCUUUUGAAUUUGUCUUAAAUUUUUACAGGAAGCUGAAAACGGAUGCAGAUUUUCUUUAGCCUUAAAGUGUUUAUUACGUUCAUGCCCAACUCCAUGAUUUUAGACUGUACUGGAACAGGCAUGGCAUGGUGGUGCAGUGGUUAGCACUGCAGACUUAAAGCAAGCUGGUUCUUUGUUUGAACCUGCCAGCUGGGUGGAGCCUUUCUGCGUGGAGGUUGCAUGUUUUCCCUGUCCCUGUGUGGGUUCUCUUCAGGUAAUCCAGCUUUCUCUUAUAGUCCCAAGAUGUCCUUGUUAGGUGAAGUCCUGAAUCCAGAUUGACCAUGGGCAUAAAUAUAAGCUGAGUGAUUGCCUCUGCGUUGCCCUGAGUUAGACUGGGUGACCUGUCCAUGUUUUAUCCAGCUGCUCCACACGGGGGUGAAAAUGAAUGAAAUUUAUCGAACAACUUAAAGAGAUUUUUUUGUUCAAAACAAUCCUUACAAAUCUAUUAUCCUGGACUUCAAUUCAUUCUCUGAUUGAAACGAACAGUUUUGCCUCCGGAAACCAACUUUGUUUUGAUUCGCUGCCCCUCCAAACAACGGGUAUAAACAGCAGGUGAAUGGGAGCUUUUGACUACAUUAGGAAAUCUGCUCUCACUGACAUCAUCCAGAGCCAAGAGUAUUACAAAAAUCUGAAAUUUAGUUUUUAAAGCAAUCUGGCGCUCAUUGUAAUUACUUGCACAUAUGCUAAUUUCAUUGUUAAAUAAUGUUUGAGCAUAUUUAAAAUAAGCAUCCACCAGUGCAAGAGUGUGACUGUGGGGUCAAUACAUUUAUUUUUACUCUUAUUGAUUUUGGCAUUGCAGAAAUUGCCAGUGUAUUUAGCCAGAUUAGAAUUAGUUGUUUUUGCAGGCAAAUCUGCAAAACUAACAGCAUCAGCAACAGAGUAAAGUAUUAUCUCCUGUGGAUUGAUUAGCUUCACUCCGCCAUGAUGUCAUCUGGCCUAAUUAUCUUGGCACUUGUGCCGCACUCUGUAAAUAAGCUUUCAAACACAUGUAAUCCACACAAGUUGGGGAUGGGUUGACCUUAAUUCCAUUGAUUCUCAAUUUAAGACACAUUUUUCUCUCAUGCUGCAAAUCAGACCCCUCUCCCAAACUACCCUUGUUUUCCAACUUCUUUUGUGUAUUAAAACUCAAAUUGUUUUUGUCUGUGACAGAAAGUUUGUUAUCGAGUGUCCAAGUGGGCUAAUCGCUCUUCACGAGUUUCAAAGGCAUUUCUGUGAUGGAACUGUGGGCAGUGAGUCGGCAGAGUAUGCAGAACAGAUUUUCCGCACACUCGACAGCAAUGAGGAUGGGGUGGUUGACUUCAGAGAGUAUGUCAUGGCCAUCAGCAUGCUUAUUGAAGGUUCAGCUGUUGAGAAACUGCGCUGGUCAUUCAAACUCUAUGACAAAGACCGAGACGGAGCCAUCACAAAGGAGGAAAUGCUGGAGAUCAUGCAGGCUGUUUAUAAGAUGAAUGUGGCUGCUGGUUUAACCAAACCCAACCCACUUACAGCUGAAGAAUGCACCAACAGGAUAUUUGUGAGAUUAGAUAAAGACAAUAACGCCAUCAUCAGUCUGGAAGAGUUCAUAGAGGGAGCGCUGGAUGACAAUUGGAUCAGAGAGAUGCUGGAAUGUGACCCAAGCACCGUGAAGGUGGGGAGGCCGCUGAAGAGGGACACCGCUUUGGAAACCCAUGGUUAAUUUGAAGUGGUUCACUAUUUAGGCACACUGGACCUGCCCGUGUUUGGGCUAAAAAUUCAAGGAAUCAAAUGCUAUCUCCAUCUAUUGGAUUACUUUGUUGUAGCUGCUUUAGAGUGCUGUAACAUUUAGAGCUUAUUUUAUCAAGCUUCCACAAGAUGAAAUGUUGUCUUUUUGUUUUUAUUUAUGUAUUGCUCUAUUCUGGGUUAUUAAUGUUGUUCUCAAACCUACCAGAGUUUAGAAAAAAUUAAUUUACAUAUGUAAAUCCACAAUGUACACAUGACACAUGUGAGGAAAAAAAAAAUUGUUAUUAUUAAAUUCUGCACUUGUGGCCAGAUUAACUUGCACAAAGUAAUGGACCCUAAAUAACAUUAUAAGAAUGACAUUUCUUCUAAUGAGCCCUCACCAAUGGGUAUUCAUGCUACAUCAAAGUAAUUGGGUAGUAGAUUAAUGAAAAUUUAAGAAAACUUACUAUUUUUUUUUUUACUACUACAUAAUUUAUGUUUUUUUUUUGUUUGUUUGUUUGUUUGUUUUUUACAGUAGAUAUACUUUCUGUGGAAAGUGUCAUUGACACUUCGUCAUUGACGCUUUUACACCGCUUGGUGUCGCCUGUGCUUCUUUAAAGCUCACUAGCCACAAAAGUAAGGCCUCCAAGAAUUUAAGGAAUACGUCUCUUCCCCGAUCCAGGAAAACAUGGGAAAUUUUCACUUUUGCGUUACUUUGCUCGACGGACCGUUGUGUGUGAAAGCCGCUGCUGGUUGUGACUAUUCCUACAUCAAG